GGAAGGUUGAUUGUUAUUUUCAUGCAAAAUUUAAAGUAGUUGUUUUCAUGAUGAUAAUUUUACUUCUAAAGUAUUGGCAUUCUGAAUCAAAUAAAAACACUAAAUCUUAUAUUUUUGUUCAAUAUGAAAAAGAGAAUGACAUAAAUAUUAUAGAUAAAAAAUAUGAUCUACGCGUCAUUGUUAUUGUUUAUGACAGGGCGCAUUCACUUCUCAGAUUGCUAAAAUCUCUAAAUCAUGCAGAAUAUUUUUCUGAUUUAAUCAAAGUUGAAGUUUGGAUUGAUAGAUCAGAAAAGGGCACUAUCAACGAAACUACUUUAAAUACAGCGAGGAACUUUUUGUUUAAGCACGGAGACUAUGAUGUUAUUUGUCAUAAAUAUCACGUUGGAAUCUAUGGACAAUGGUUUACAACUUGGAAACCACAAUUGAAUUCAUCAGAAAUUGCUGUAAUUUUAGAAGAUGACCUAACUGUUUCCAAGUACUUCUGGAAAUAUUUAAAACUCGUUCAUAAGAAAUACGAUAAGCACAGAGAUAUUAAUGGCUAUUCUUUACAAGGUAUUACAACAACUUUUGAUGUUAAAAAUCCGCAUAUACUUCAAAGACCAACUUCAGAAUAUGUUUAUCUUUACCCAGUUGUAGGUGCUUGGGGAUUUUCACCGAAUAAAAGCAAUUGGAAACUAUUUAUCGAUUGGUAUAUGUUUGGAGAUGCAAAAUCAACAGUGCCUUAUGUUCCUGGACAUCUUGCAACAUACUGGUUUAAAAAUCAUCAACGGAAAGGAAUAUCAAAUACGAUGUGGGAAAUGUGGCAUAUAUAUUAUGCUUUGAAACAUAAUGAAUACACACUUUAUUGUAACUAUCCAAAUCACACAGGAUUGACAACUAAUUGGAGGGAAAAGGGGUUACACAUGUCUAUAAGCAAAGGAACUUCAAACCCUGUACUGACCGAGUGGAAGACAGAAUAUGAAAAUUUACCGAAGAUGCCAAUAUACCUAGAUAUUGCUGGGAAAAGAAUUGAGUCUAGAAACAUUCCAUAACCUUUCCUUAAUAGCCUUACAACUUUGAUGGAAAAUGUGCGAUACAAUAUUGCAUAGGUUUUUGCAUUAGAAUACACUUGAUAUUCUGUAUAAAACAGCCACUAGGAUAUCUUUGCAAAACCAGGAUGUGUCCUUUCGGAACACCUGUGUCAAGUGUCCGGGUUCUACUUUUUUUCUGAACUAUAUAUUAGCCGUUAAAUAUGCAUGGUAAAACAUAUGAUUAUCGAAUACGACCGCUGUAUUUGUAAUAGGCAUUCGUUGAAAUCAACUCUCGGCUAACGAGAAUACAGCUGUAUAGAAGUAAAAACUCUGUCUUAUAGACAUGUUAUAUGCCUCGCAGUGUCUCUUCUUCAUGUAUAUCUCGUAUCAGUUUAAUCUAUAUGUGUUUUUGCGAUUUAUUUCGUCUUUCAUUUGUGUACAAUUUGUAUACUUACUGUCAGUAAACACUUUAUAUAUUCCCUUUUUGUCAUGUCGAGUUAUUCUGUUUGAUUUCAUUAUCAUUUUGGUUGAGGGUCUAUAUGAAUUGCUUAGUUCCUUUCGUCUGUCCAUCCGCCCCCAGGGUCUUGUCCGGUAUGUGAUUCUACAUGCGUGGACUGAUUUUCAACUAUUGAUUUUUAAACUUUCAAACAUUUGUUACCAAUAAUCGGGAACUUGUGAGUCCAAACCACGAAAGACCACCUCCGAUGUCAUUAUCACCAAACAAAAUUUAACACAUAUAUAUUUUAUGUCGGAGUGGCAACUUCUACAUGCAUUUACCAAAUUUCAAACAUAUGCAUAUUUUUCCAUAGGUUUAAAAAGCAUCAUUUCUUGUCCAGCGACUUUAUCAGCCCUUUAGAGAUUUUGAAAUAUGUUACACAAAUGUUAACUACAGAUAAAUGAUCUUGGACAUGCAAGAGUCAUCACCUUUGCUUGAACAUUAAGGUCGCACUUUCUGGUCCGGACUCUUGGCAACAAUUUGUGUUCGGGGCAUAACUCUGAUAUUCAUAGCGGUAUUUUGGAAUAAUUAUGUAUUAUUUAUUGCAUAGUAAAACUCAGGAAGGUCAAAAUUGCAUUUUGGAUAAACAAAUAAGUGUUCUGAUCUACCUUGUUAUAUGUUGAUUUAAGCUACAUGUGGCUGGCAUGUUAAGAAAUAACUUAUUUUAUAAAUGAACACUAUUCUUUAAAACAGUCAUGUGACAUUUUGCAAAGUUCUGCUUUUUUAGAUUUGAAACAAUUGUUAACAACCGUUUGCCUCUUUACAUAAGCAACUUGCAGUUUUAUAUCAUAUA